AUGAUGAAUGCAAUGUUGCAGGAAUCUGGGCUACCGCAGAAUCUGUGGGGGGAAGCUCUGCUAGCCACAAACUAUAUCCUCAACAAAAUACCACACAAAGUAACUGGCAAAACGCCAUAUGAGCUUUGGAAAGGUUCAGCACCUUCUUACAAAUACUUGAAAGUGUGGGGGUGCUUAGCAAAAGUUCAAGUACCACCUCCUAAGAAGGUUUCGAUUGGGCCUAAAACAGUGGACUGUAUUUUCAUUGGAUAUGCGCACAACAGUAGUGCUUAUCGGUUUCUGGUGCACAAGUCAGAUAUACCAGAUAUCCAUGCAAAUACAAUUAUUGAAUCAAGGAAUGUGUCAUUCUUUGAGAAUAUCUUUCCAUGUAAAGAUAGACAGAAGCUGAAGCGAACUCAUGACGCAAUUGUGCCUGCAAAUGAGACUAGUACAUCUGGUACUUCAGUAACUGAAGCAGAAGAAAAUGAGGUUGAACCUAGGCGUAGCAAGAGAGCUCGUAAGGAAAAAUCAUUUGGUGAUGAAUACUUAGUGGUAUUUCUCUGUGAGAAUGAGCCAAGGACAUAUUCUGAAGCCAUGUCUACACCAGAAGCAGACUUAUGGAAAGAAGCUGUAAACAGUGAAAUGGAUUCUAUUCUGCAGAACCAUACUUACAUAAUCACUGAUUUACCUCCAGGAUUCAGACAAGUUGAAGGUCUAGACUUCUUUGACACUUAUUCUCCAGUGACGAGAAUAACUUCAAUCAGAAUAUUGAUAGCUAUUGCAUCUUUGAGAGACCUGGAAAUCCAUCAGAUGGAUGUUAAAACAGCUUUCCUUAAUGGUGAUUUAGAAGAGGAAAUCUACAUGAAACAACCUGAAGGUUUUGUGACACCAGGUCAAGAACACAAAGUUUGUAAACUUGUGAAAUCGCUGUAUGGACUGAAACAAGCUCCAAAGCAAUGGCAUGAAAAAUUUGACCACGUGAUGAUGUCAAAUGGAUUCAGCAUCAAUGAAUGUGACAAAUGCAUUUACGUCAAGAACACUCCCAGUGGGUACGUUUUGCUGUGCUUAUAUGUUGACGACAUGCUCAUCAUGGGCAGUAACAAGGAUAUAAUCCAACAAACCAAGAACAUGCUUAAGAGUCAGUUUGACAUGAAAGACAUGGGUCUUGCGGACGUUAUUCUUGGUAUUAAGAUCACAAGGACUUCUGAGGGAAUCACCUUAUCUCAGGAGCAUUAUGCUGAAAAGAUACUUGAGCGGUUCAAGAAGUAUUCGAAUGGAACUGCGAAAACUCCAGUGGAUACGCAAUUGCACUUGACUAAAAACUCUGGUGAAGGAGUGUCACAAGUUGAGUAUGCAAGGAUAAUUGGAAGUCUGAUGUACUUAACCAAUUGUACCAGGCCUGACUUAGCGCAUGCAGUGAAUGUAUUAAGCCGCUACACAAGCAAUCCUGGUCAUACACACUGGAAAGCCAUAACAAGAGUGUUAAAUUAUGUGAGACACACUAAAAGUUAUGGAUUGCACUAUGGUAAAGAACCUGCAGUCUUGGAAGGAUACAGUGAUGCUAACUGGAUAUCGGACUCAAAGAACUCAAAAUCCACAAGUGGAUAUGUCUUUACACUAGGAGGUGCAGCAAUAUCUUGGAAAUCUUCCAAACAAACUCUACUGGCAAGAUCAACAAUGGAAUCUGAGUUCAUCGCUUUAGACAAAGCAGCAGAGGAAGCAGAGUGGCUUCGGAAUUUCUUGGAAGAUAUUCCUAUGUGGGAGAAACCAGUACCGGCACUGCGUGUACACUGUGAUAGCCAGUCGGCUAUAGCCCGGGCACUGAACACUCUCUAUAAUGGUAAAUCUCGUCAUAUCAGGAGACGACAUAAAACCAUUAGACACUUGAUCACAACCGGUGUAAUCUCGGUCGAUUACAUUAAGUCAGCUGAUAAUCUAGCGGAUCCGUUUACAAAAGGUUUGACAAGAGAUCAAGUUUUGAAAUCAUCUAAGGGAAUGGGUCUUUUGCCUAUGACAAAAGAGGAUGUUUGA